AUGUCCACACAAAACCAGUCAUCACUCUCUGUCCCACAUGUCCUAAACCUGUGUAAUUACCUCCUCCCCCUCCUCCCCCUCCUCCCUCCUCCCUCCUCCCUCCUCCCCCUCCUCCCCCUCCUCCCUCCUCCCCCUCCUCCCCCUCCUCCCUCCUCCCUCCUCCCCCCUCCUCCCCCUCCUCCCUCCUCCCUCCUCCCCCUCCUCCCUCCCCCUCCUCCCUCCCCCCCCCCCUCCUCCCCCUCCUCCCUCCUCCCCUCCUCCCCCUCCUCCCCCCCUCCUCCUCCUCCCUCCUCCCUCCUCCCCCCCUCCCCCUCCUCCCCUCCUCCCUCCUCCCUCCCCUCCCCCUCCUCCCUCCUCCCCCUCCUCCCUCCCCCCCCUCCUCCCCUCCCCUCAGGCCUGUUCCCCGCCAUCCUGAACCUGGCCUCCAACGCCGACAUCAGCACCAACGCCACCUGUGGAGACCCUCAUCCUGAGAUGUACUGUAAACUGGUGGAGCACGUCCUGGCGGGACGGAGGACCAAGAACCCCCACUGCCCCCGGUGUGACAGCCGCUCCCUCAACGUUAAAGAGCGCCACCCCAUCACCAACGCCAUCGACGGCACAAACCAGUGGUGGCAGAGUCCCAGCAUAAAGAACGGCUGGCAGUUCCACUGGGUCACCAUCACCCUGGACCUCAAACAGAUCUUUCAAGUGGCUUACAUCAUCAUCAAAGCCGCCAACUCUCCACGACCAGGUAACUGGAUCCUGGAGCGCUCUCUGGACGGCGUGUUGUUCGAGCCGUGGCAGUUCUACGCCAUCAGCGACAGCGAGUGUUUGAGCCGCUACAACAUCACGCCGCGGCUCGGAUCUCCCACCUACAGGGGCGACACCGAGGUCAUCUGCACCUCCUACUACAGCCGCCUCAACCCGCUGGAGCACGGGGAGAUCCACACGUCUCUGAUCAACGGCCGCCCCGGGGCAGACGACCUGACCUCCGCCCUGCUGGACUUCACCUCCGCUCGCUACGUCCGGCUGAGGCUGCAGCGGAUCCGGACUCUGAACGCAGACCUCAUGACGUUCAUGACCCACGACAUCGACCCCAUCGUCACCAGGAGGUAUUUCUACUCCAUCAAAGACAUCUCCAUCGGAGGAAUGUGCAUCUGCUACGGACACGCCAAGAGCUGCCCCCUGGACCCGGUCACACAGAAACUGCACUGUGUCUGUGAACACAACACGUGUGGAGAGAACUGCAACGAAUGCUGCCCCGGGUUCCACCAGAUGCCAUGGCAACCAGGCACCAUCACCGACGGCAACACCUGCGAGAAAUGUAACUGCCACAACAAGGCCGACCUCUGCUUCUACAACCAGACCGUGUCGGAGCUGGGCCUGAGUCUGGAUGCGGCAGGACAGCGGCGAGGGGGCGGAGUCUGCGUUCAGUGUCGGCAGAACACAGCGGGGGUCAACUGCGAGACGUGUGCCGACGGGUUCUACAGGCCGCAGGGGGUCUCCCCGUACUCGGACUCUCCCUGUGUCCUGUGUGACUGUGACCUCAGAGGCUCCCAGUCCUCAGUGUGUGUCCAGGACCAGUCCAGCCCCGGUGGGUCUCCAGGCCAGUGCCCGUGCAGAGAGGGCUUUGCCGGGCGCCGGUGCGACCGCUGUGCCUUUGGAUACAGGGACUUCCCUCUGUGCUCCAAGUGCCAGUGCAACCUGUCCGGGAGCACCAACAUGGACCCCUGCGAAGAGUGUGUGUGCAAGAAAAACGUGAUGGGCUUCAACUGCGACCUGUGCAAACCGGGCUUCUACAACCUCCAGCCGGAAAACCCUCACGGCUGCACCGACUGCUUCUGCUUCGGAGUGUCCGACGUCUGUGAGAGCUCCCCCUGGUGGACCAAUCAGGUGUCUUUUUCCAACGCCUGGCUCCAACCCGUGGACCAGCUCCACCCCCUCACCGUUGCCCACGACAACAACUUCCACCUGCCCGUCAACCGCUCCCGAGGCCACGCCCACCUGUAUGAGAUGUCCUGGGAUGCGCCCCCUGCUUUCCUGGCCAAUAAGCUGACGUCUUUCCGAGGGACCCUGAACUACACGCUGGUCUACGACGCGCCCGUGGACAAUUUGGACCGCUCUCUCCCCGCCCACUCUGAUAUCAUCAUUCAGGGAAAUGGCCGCUCCGUCCGCUUGUCCCGGCCCCGCCUCCUCUCCCUGUCCCCUCUGUCCGAGCGCUCCGUUGCCGUGGUGAUCGGCCCUCAUCAGUUCGUGGACGAAGUCAGAGGAGAUCAUGUGACCCGCGACCAGCUGCUGACUGUGCUGAGUGAUGUCACCGCUCUGAGGGUCCGAGUUCUGCUCAACUCCUCUGCCGCGGGAUCCAUCCGUCUGGGCUCGGUGUCUCUGGACGUGGCUGACCCGAUGUCGGUCUCGGGACACAAGGCGGUCGCCGUGGAGACCUGCGAGUGUCCGUUCGGCUACAGCGGCACGUCCUGCGAGUCGUGUCUGCCCGGCUUCUACCGCGUCGGCGAGGUCCUCUUCGGGGGGAACUGCCUCCAGUGCGAGUGCAACGACCACUCCUCGACCUGCGACCCCCACGGCCUGUGCCUGUCCUGCUCCCACAACACCACGGGGCCCCAUUGCGAACAUUGUCUCCCCGGUUUCUACGGCGAUGCCACCGCGGGGACAAAGCAAGACUGUAAGAAAUGCCCAUGUCCUCUGACUGCGCCGUCCAACAGCUUCAGUCCCACCUGUGUCCUUCAGUCUGAUGGACAGGUGUCAUGUGACCGCUGUCAGGACGGCUACACCGGGGACAAGUGUGAGAGAUGUGCCGAUGGUUUCUUCGGCCACCCGCAGGUGCUGGGCGGCUCGUGCGCUCGCUGCGACUGUAACGGUAAUGUGGACCGUGACGAGGCGGGCCACUGCGACCACGUGAGCGGGGAGUGUCUGCGGUGCACCGGGGACACCGCGGGGCGCCACUGCGAGCGCUGUCGGGACGGUUACUACGGCGACGCACUCCACGCCAAGAACUGCACAGGGUGUGGCUGUGACGUGCACGGAGCCCUGAGCCCCGUGUGUGACGUGGCGUCCGGCCUCUGCCGCUGUAAACCCAACGUGGAGGGCCGCGCCUGUGACCGCUGCGUGCCCGGCUUCUACGGCCUCCAGAGCGGACAGGGCUGUGUGGCCUGCAGCUGCAGCCGGCCCGGGUCCCAGUCCGAGGCCUGCGACUCUGAGGGGCGGUGCCAGUGUGUGGAGGGCGUGGCCGGGGACAAGUGUGACCUGUGUGACCGCGGCUACUACGGCUACCAGGACGGACAGUGCACCGCAUGCACCUGUGCUCACACUGGAGGGAACUGUAACUCAGAGAGCGGAGAGUGUAUCUGCCCCCCCCACACUCAGGGGCCCCAAUGUGAGACCUGCAAACCAGACCACUGGGGCCACCACCCUGAGACCGGCUGUAAGCCGUGCAGCUGCAGUUCUUCCGGAAGCAUCUCGUCCCAGUGCGACCUGAGAAGCGGCCAGUGCCCGUGCAGGGAUGGCUUUGGGGGCGCCUCCUGCGACCGCUGCGACUCCGGUUUCUAUGGUUACCCCGAGUGCGCCCCCUGUGGCUGCGACGCGGCCGGCACCGAGGAGGAGUUCUGCAACGGGACGUCCGGCGUGUGCGACUGUCUGCAGGACGGACAGUGCGUGUGCAAGUCGGGGGUGUCGGGGCGUCGCUGUGAGGAGUGUGUGUCCGGUCGGUUCGCUCUGUCCUCUCUGAACCCUGAAGGAUGCUCCCAGUGCUACUGCUCCGGCCUGAGCCAGGACUGUGAGGAGCAGGGCGGCUUCACCGUCUCUCAGAUCUCGGUGGCGCCCCCUUCUGUCCUGCCGGUGGUAUCGCAGUCCAACUUGAAGGGCGUGGUCUCUGGGGUCUUCGUCCAGGACGGCGAUGUUCUGCUGGACGUGCGACACUUGGACACGUCAGACCUCUUCGGACCUUUGUACUGGAAACUGCCCCCAGUCUUCACCGGCAACAAGCUCAUGUCUUACGGAGGAACGCUGUCGUACUCCAUCGUCUUCUACGCGGAGGACGGGCGGGGCUUGGCCAAUCAGGAGCCUCAGGUGCUGAUGAGAGGCGGGACCAUGAGGAAGCUGGUCAUUUACACGGACAUGCCGUCGCCUAGCAACGGAGUGAGGAUGCGUCACGACGUGCGGCUGGCGGAGCACCGCUGGCGUUACUUUAACUCCGUGAGUGAGAAGGCGGUGACGCGCUCCGACUUCAUGAUGGUUCUGAGUCAGCUGCAGUACGUCAUCGUGAAGGCGUCGUACGGGAGCAGGCUGCAGCAGAGCAGGAUCGCCAACAUCACCAUGGAGACCGCGGUGGAGGAGGACGGAGAAACCAGCGGGGACUUGGCCACGCAGGUCGAGUCAUGUGACUGUCCGUGGGGAUACUCUGGUCUCUCCUGUCAGGAUUGCGCCCCGGGCUUCUUCCGCCAGCCGCUCUCAGAGAUCUCUCCUCAGACCCAGCGCAGUGGGUUUGUGCGUCCGUGUGUUCCGUGUCGCUGCAACAGCCACAGCCAGAUGUGCCACGCAGAGACCGGAGCCUGCCAGGGCUGCGAACACCACACGUCGGGGCCUCAGUGUGAGCGGUGUGCCUCCGGAUACUACGGGACGGUGCGGGGCUCUCUGUCCGACUGCUCCCUGUGUGGGUGCCCCCUCCGAGAGAACAGCUUCAGCCCCACGUGUGAGAUCACCACGGCCGGAGUGGGAUACGUCUGCACCAACUGCAGCGCGGGCCACCAGGGGGCGCACUGUGAGAGGUGUGCAGAUGGUUACUAUGGGAACCCGGCAGUGGUGGGCGGGGCCUGUGAGCGGUGCGGCUGCAGUGAUUGGGGCGCUCUCAGCUCGACCUGUAACGGCAGCAGCGGUCAGUGCGAGUGCAAGGCCGGGGUCAGAGGUCAACACUGUGACCGGUGCGAGGAGCGGCACGUGAUGGAGGCCGGCCGCUGCGUCUCCUGUGAUGACCAGUGCACUGGGGUCCUGCUGGACGACCUGGACACUCUGCAGUACCAUCUGUCAUCAGUCAACAUCAGCAGCCUCCUCAGAGCUCCCUACGGACAACUGGUGAGGCUGGAGAACCACACCAGGACCAUCCAGAAGUCCGUAUCAAACAGCUCCUUAUCUGCGAAGCUGUCAAUCGUGGAGGACCAGCUGACCACGGUGGCCUCGGAGAUCACAGCCGUCUCCCAGAAGGUGUCAGAGGUCACUGGAGUCUUGGAGCGAGCGAACAGUGCGACGGACACCAGCGUGGCCCGCAGCGCGCAGCUUUUGGCGAACAUCAACAAACUGAAGAAGAGAGUGGCAGAGCUGACUCUGGAGGCGGAGCUUCUCAACCAAACAAAUCCACAAAUGCCAGAGUGGGCCAAUCAGACGCAGUUGCUCCUGGAGGCGGAGUCACUGUUGGACGCUUUGAGGACGGUCGAUCUGUCGUACGCCAACGCCACGGCCAGUCUGGAACUCAGUUUGUCAGAAGCGGCGUCUGCGUCCGUCCGUGACUUCCUGUUCGGAGCCGACGUGGACACACGGCUUCACAAACUGUGGUCUGAGGUCGCGGCUCACGAGGACUUUCUGAGAUCUGCAGAGAAGCAUCUCCUCGAGGCCCACGAACGUACCGCCACGGCUCAGAAACUCAUGGACACGGCGGCGAGCAGACAGCACCAGUACACGUCUCUCUGUGAAAAAACCAACUCCACAUCUAUCCUUGUGAACGAGGGCAUGGAGCAGAGCCAGCUGCUGCUCUGGGACUCUCUCUCUCUGACCGAGGAACUACACAACUCUACAGAGGAGGUGGAGCUGUUGGGGGAGCAGCUCUCUCAGUGGCGCCCCCUGCUGAGGAAGCAGGUGGACGGUCUGGUCAGCGGCCUGAAGAGGACGGACGCUCUGGAGUCUGUUUACAGAGCGGAGCGACACGCCCAGAGCCUGGAGAGCCACGCCCUCGCCAUCCACAGCUCACUCUCCGCCGUCUGUGACCUCUCUCUGAACGGCACUCGUCUGUUUCGACCAAUCACCAACGUCACGGAGCAGGUUAACUCCGCCCACAAGGAGGCGCUGAGUGCACAGAGGUCCGCCUCCACCGCCCUCGCCAUGAGCGUCCGGUCUGAGCGGUCUCUGUCGGACGAGAGCAGAGUCGUCCUCAACAUGAGCUCCAGUCUUUUGGACGACAGUCAGAGGGCUAACCACUCUGCCACAGACCUGGAGAACGGCGUCUCAUCCAUCAGGACCCGCCUGGACGUGGUCAGACUCAACUUCCUCAACGCCAGCUCCAUGCUCCGGCAGCCAAUCAGAGAGCUCCAAGCCAUCUCCAACGGUUCCUCCAUGGCUCUGGCGUCGCAGCUGCAGGCGGAGAGCCACUCCCACCUGCAGGAGGCGCUCCAGAGGCUGCAGACCAUCCAGGAGCAUCUGCUGGUGUCCUCUUCCACGGUCAACAGCGCCGGGGACUUUGUGAAGGAGACCGGCGAGCUCAUGAGCCACGCCCACCACACAGCCAAUGAGGCGCAGAGGCAGCUGCAGGAGGCGGAGCUCCGAUCAGAGCGUCUGCUGGAGAGGGUGAAGCCGCUGAGCAUUCUGGGAGAAAACCUGAGCCGCAACCUGUCGGAGAUCAGAGAGCUGAUCGAGCAGGCGCGACGGCAGGCCGCCUCGAUCAAAGUGGCGGUGAAGGCCGACCGCAGCUGUGUGCGCUCCUACAGACCCCAGAUCAGCUCCAGUAACGUCAACACGCUCACGCUCACUCUGAAGACCAGCAGCAAGAACAACCUGCUCUUCUAUCUGGGAUCGUCCUCUCAGGUGGACUUCAUGGCUGUAGAACAACACGCGGGGAAAGUGUCUCUCCUUUGGGACGUUGGAUCGGGAAGCAAGCGUCUGGAGUUUCCCGCUUUGGACAUCAGCAACAACAAGUGGACCAGGAUCAACGUGACCAGGUUUGGAAGCCACGCCUCCCUGUCCGUGUACCAGCUGGACCCGGACUCCGCCCCUCCGUUGCCCGCGGUAACGGCCACGUCUCCGGGAGCGGCUCGAAUGCUGGACAUCGACAACACCACAAAGAUUUACAUCGGGGGAGUCGGGCAGAAUGUGCAGAGGAGUCCCCUGCUCAGGUCCGACUGGUUCCAGGGCUGUCUGGGGGAGGCCUCUCUGAACGAGAAGAACCUGGGUCUGUGGAACUACGAGAGCAGAGAGGGCCAGUGCGGAGGCUGCUACAGCAGCCCGCAGAUGGAGGGCACAGCCUACCACUUCGAUGGCUCUGGUUACUCUGUGGUGCAGAAGUCUCUGAGAGCCACCACCACGUCCAUCGUGCUGCAGUUCAAGACCCUGUCCCCGGGAGGACUGCUGCUGUACCUGGCCUCCAACCACACGGUAACAACCACACUGUAA